AUGCGCUCCCAGCUCAUUCUCUCGCUGGCAGCCGCCGCCAUUCCCUUGUGUGCAGCCAACCCACUGCCUCAAGAUGUCAACGCCCAAAGCAAAUCUUCCAAGAACACCCUCCAAGGGUGUCUCAACGCCGCCAAGGCUCCAAUAAGCACUCAAUCUUCUGCAGACUGGUCCGACGGGGUCCGUCCAUACAACCUCCGCGUUCAGUUUACUCCGGCCGCGAUUGUCACAGCAACUGACCCGAGUCACGUCCAAGCGGCCGUAAAAUGCGGAGCUCAGUACGGAUACAAGGUCACGGGCAGGGGCGGCGGACACAGCUACUCAUCUGCCGGAUUCGGAGGCGAGAAUGGCCACGUCGUGGUGCAGUUGAACCAGAUGUAUAGUGUCAAGUUACAAAGCGACAAUACAGCCAUCGUCCAGGCUGGUGCGAGGUUGGGCCAUGUGGCUACCGAGCUCUACAACCAAGGCAAGCGCGCGAUUUCCCAUGGGUCGUGUCCUGGGCUUAGCGUCGGUACGUCUGGACAUUCGCUACAUGGCGGCUUUGGCUUCGCCUCGCACAUGUAUGGACUUGCUCUUGACUGGAUGAUCGAAGCAACUGUUGUUCUGGCCAGCGGCAAAAUCGUCAAAUGUUCAACCUCCCAGAAUUCUGAUCUGUUCUGGGCUCUGCGCGGUGCUGGUUCGUCUUUUGGCAUCGUGACCGAGUUCAAGUUCGACACAUUCGCGGCUCCUGAGACUGUCACCGUGUUCAAGGUGCCCGUCAGUCUCAAGAAAAGCACUCAGAUAGUCAGCGCGCUUGUAGGCCUCCAGAAAUAUGCCCAGAAGACCAUGCCGCAAGAGUUGAAUUUGCGCUUUGUUGCAACUCCGGACGACAUGCACUUUGACGGCCUCUACUUUGGUGACGAGGAUAAGACCCGCGACGUCUUGGAGGAUUUCCUUACUCCUCUCGGUGUUAAUGUUGACGAAGCCACCAUUAACGGCACUGACUGGUUUGGUCAGCUACAAAACUAUGGUGGAGAGACCCUAGACGUCACGGGAACGGAGAGCGCGACUGACACAUUCUACGCCUCGAGCCUUAUCACACAGGAGGUGCCAAAGGACGGCUUCAAGGCCUUUGUAGACUACCUGCAGGGUAAAGCCAAGACGGUCAACCGGGGAUGGUUCAUUCUGGUCGAUGUCCAUGGAGGCAAAAACUCAAAGAUCGCCCAGAUUGACGCGUCGUCAACCUCCUAUCCUCACCGAGACAAGUUGCUGCUCUGGCAAUUCUACGAUUCCACCAAUGGCGCGGCCUACCCCACCAACGCCAACCAGGGGACCGGUUUCCUCCAGAACUGGAUGGCCGCUGUUACUAGCAAGAUGCCUACUGCUGGUAGCUGGGGGCGGUACAUCAACUACGCUGACUCGCAGCUUAGUAACUCCGAUGCGCAGAACCAGUACUACAUGGGAAGUCUACCUCGUCUGCGGGCUAUCAAAGCCCAGUACGAUCCCAAGGGGGUGUUCACGUAUCCUCAGGGAGUAAGCACAUAG